UCGAAAGACUGGGCAGAAAUGAUUAUAACACAGGAGAACUUGAGAUUACUCACUCAGUCCGAGAGUGAUUAAGUAAACUGAAGCAAGCUGUGGGAGCUGAACAACUGACUUUUGCAAGGACUAGCUAUGGCCAAAAAGUUUGAAAUGUAAUACUGCCAAAAAAGUACAGAGGAAACUGCAACAGGCUGCUGAAGAGAACAAGCAGUUAGUGGCAUUAACAAAGGAUCUAACAAUGAAGCAUGUAAUUUGAGUGUAUUUGAUAUAUUAAUCUGAGGAUGGUGUGAUUGUGAAUUUAUUUGGCACCUUGAGCCUAGAACAAUCAAUUUGAUGAAGCAGAAACAUUCCUAUUGGAAGGAUUGGAAGAUUCUACAAACUUUUUCUAAAAAUUGCUUGUGACUUCCGAUGUGGAUUUCAGGAGAGUGUUUGUGAAUUUAACACAAGAAGAAAAGAAGGAAUUCAGCCUAAGAAAGCAAUGACGUUUUAACUCCAAACAAAACCUUUAACAAGAAGUCUUCAUAAAGAAAUGAGCAGCAAGUCUCACUCUCCCACCUGAGGCUUUGACUUGUUAGACGUAAAGUACAAAAACUGGAAAUUAUGUGAAAGAUUUUAAAAUUUCACACCUCUUCUUGAUCAUAGCAAGUGAGAAAAUCGUCUGGAGGAUUCCUUCUGGCUGACAGCAUCAAAUAUGGCACAAAGCCUCCAUCUUGUGGGCAAGUUAUAACACUACAAGUACUCUUCAACACCAGCAUGUCUUUAAUUGCAUUUCCAACUGAAAUGGUCAAUGGCUGUGUCAAAACAGAGCUCAUUGAGCGCCACUAUAAUUACACUGGGAAGUUCAACAGAAGGGGGAAAACCACUGAUGGCUUGGACCUGACUACAGUGGCCUUUCUGAUCAUCUGCAGCUUCAUUGUGCUUGAAAACCUCAUGGUUCUCCUGGCCAUUUGGAAAAACAACAAAUUCCAUAACCGCAUGUACUAUUUCAUUGGUAAUCUAGCCCUGUCUGAUUUGCUGGCAGGAAUAGCCUACAAAGUAAAUAUCCUCAUGUCUGGGAAGAAGACAUAUGGACUCACACCAACGGUAUGGUUCAUAAGAGAAGGAAGCAUGUUUGUGGCAUUGGGAGCUUCCACCUUCAGUUUACUGGCGAUAGCAAUUGAGAGGCACAUGACUAUGAUAAAGAUGAGACCCUACGAUUCUAGUAAAAAGCACAGAGUGUUUCUGCUCAUUGGUGCCUGUUGGCUGAUUGCCAUUUUAUUUGGUGUCUUGCCUAUCCUGGGUUGGAACUGUAUUUGCAAUUUUCCAGACUGUUCCACAGUCCUGCCCCUCUAUUCCAAGCAUUAUAUAUUUUUCAGUAUAGGCAUCUUCAGUGCAAUUUUGCUGGCCAUUGUGAUACUUUACGCUCGUAUUUAUAUAUUGGUUAAGUCAAGUAGCCGCAAUGUCGCAAACAGAAAAUUCCCCAAAAACAAUUCAGAAAGAUCCAUGGCUCUGUUGAGGACAGUGGUAAUUGUUGUGGGGGUUUUCAUUGCAUGCUGGUCCCCACUUUUCAUUCUAUUGCUCCUUGAUGUUGCUUGCAAACCAAACAAGUGUAGCAUAUUGUAUCAGGAAGAUUGGUUCAUUGCAAUUGCAGUCCUCAAUUCUGGCAUGAACCCCAUCAUUUACACUCUGGCCAGCAAAGAGAUGCGUCGGGCUUUCUUCCGUCUUCUCUGUGGCUGCUUGGCCAAUGAUAAAGUUUCCAAGGCCUUGCCAAUUCAGUCAGCAGCAGAUAAUAGCAAAAGCAAGACUAGUGGCAGUAAUAUGCAGAAAUCAAAAGGAGAGCCCAUAGAAAUCAGUAAUCAUUUAAAUGAAAUCAAAACUAUUAACUUAUCAACUUCCAUAGGAGAUUUGUGACCAUUGAUUGCUAAUCUGUUACAAUACAGUAUUGCUUUCUCAUUAAUAAGCUUACAACAUUAUUUUUAUAACCUUUUAAUUCCUUGUACGAAAGACCUGUCCUUUCUUUCGCUCUGAACUUUGAAAAAGAAUGGCCACCAAAGAAUCCUGAUAUCUGCCACUAAAAUCCCAAACCAAAGUUGUCUACAAAGUACUCACACAUCAUAUAAUGUACAAAGGACUUUAUCGAUUUUUUGCAUAAGGUGCUAUGAAAGUUCUAUGUUAACCAUUUCAGUUGCAGUGAAAAUAUUAGUAUUAAUCCAGGAAUUUUUUUUAAAAUUUAAUAUAAAUUGCUAUCUUCUUUGUUAAGACAAUUAAACUUGAAUUUUUAUCUGGCUCUCUAUCCAUAUUUUUCCCCAUGGUGUGAUUUCAUGGAUUCCACUGAAUUCAUUCCUAUAUAGUUUUUAAACCCUUUUGCAAAGAUCUACAGUGCCCUGAGUUACACUGGGCAACUAUUCACUACUUCCAUCAAUGACAUGGGAAAUCCUCUUUCCUCAGAUCAUAUGAAGCUUUACAGAACAAAAAAAACAUUGAACUAUCAGUAAAUCUGCAUGGAAUGCAUAUUCUGUCCAUAUGUUGUUCCUGUGUGAACAUCCAACAGCCUCAUAUUAAUUCCAUCUGUGCUCCUUGUUUGUUCACUAAUACUUGCAAUAUAAAUCUCGUGCAAAUUCAGUAUGUCAAAUAUUAACAUCAGAUCUUAAUCAAGUAAGGCAUAAGAUUCUUAACCAUUUUUGGCUGAAAGAUCUCUUUAGUAAGAUUGGGAAUCAUAGAAAUCCCUUUUAAAUUUUCAUACUAUAUCACACGCAUAAUAUAAAGUUAAAUAUAGAUAGUAUUUUUAAAAUACUUUAAAAUAUAUUCCUUCUAAUAUAAAUUCUCUACAAUCGAGCGUGGGGUUUUUAAUUUCUUCCCAAAGCCAAAAUCCAUUCAAAGCUUCAUAAGCAGCAAUCAUCUAUUUAGAGAAUGAAAUAGGCAAAAGCCAUACCUCUCCUUACAUACAAAAAUAUUUGACCCAAUUUCCUAUGUAUCUAAUGACACAUAUUUAAUUAACAUGAAUUGCCUGUCAUUUCAUUCGAGUAAACCUCAAUAAAUGAAAAAACAAUUUAGAACUGUGGAAAAAAAAUAAAACCUUUCCAGCUUAAUAAAAUGUUUAAUAAAACAAGAUAAUUGUACAAAACAGUUGGUUCAAAUACUAUGUUAUCAUAUAUUGGCAAAUCCUUGCGGCAAAGAUUUUUUUUUUUAAUAGUUUGAUGGGAAUUAAAUAAUACAGUUGCAUAGGGCAUUUCGAAAAUAUUGAGGAAUGGGACUAAAAAAAUGUGGACAAUUGAGUUUAAUUUGGGAAACUUUCAGAGAUGGAGUGAGAUUGCCUCUCUUCAUGCUGAAUUCUGUGAUUCUCUGCAAACUGAACUGCCAUACACUGCAAAGUGCUUUACUCCUGCUAAUGUCAACAUCCGGCCCAGCUUUUUGAAAAUGCAAUCCUGAGUUUCACAACAACCCAUACAUGUUCUACUGGUGGGAUUGGUAGAAGUGCUUUGCCUCUUCUCUGACAUCCUGACUGAAUGUAUAUUAAUCUUGCAAAAUUAUGAAGUGAAAAAUUAUGAAAAAGGGAGUGCAGAGAAGGUUCACCAGACUGAUUCCUGGGGUGUCAGGACUGUCUUAUGAAGAAAGACUGGAUAGACUUGGUUUAUACUCUCUAGAAUUUAGGAGACUGAGAGGGGAUCUUAUAGAAAAUUACAAAAUUCUUAAGGGGUUGGACAGGCUAGAUGCAGGAAGAUUGUUCCCGAUGUUGGGGAAGUCCAGGACAACGGGGCACAGCUUAAGGAUAAGGGGGAAAUCCUUUAAAACUGAGAUGAGAAGAACUUUUUUCACACAGAGAGUGGUGAAUCUCUGGAACUCUCUGCCACAGAGGGUAGUUGAGGCCAGUUCAUUGGCUAUAUUUAAGAGGGUGUUAGAUGUGGCCCUUGUGGCUAAGGGGAUCAGAGGGUAUGGAGAGAAGGCAGGUACGGGAUACUGAGUUGGAUGAUCAGCCAUGAUCAUAUUGAAUGGCGGUGCAGGCUCGAAGGGCCAAAUGGCCUACUCCUGCGCCUAAUUUCUAUGUUUCUAUGUUUCUAUGACUAUUUUAAAGAUAUCUUUGGUUGCCAUACAACGUAAGAGAAAUACAAGGUAGACACAAAAUGCUGGAGUAACAGAGGGUGAGGCAACAUCUCUAGAGAGAAGGAAUGGGAGACAUUUCGGGUAGACACACAUAAGAGAAAUACAGUUAGAUGGAUAAAAUCACGUUGAGAAAAUAGAAUUUUCUAGGCGGUCACGGUUGCACAGCUGUAGAGUUGCUGCCUUACAGCGAAUGCAGCACCGGACACACGGGUUCGAUCCCGACUACGGGUGCUGUCUGUAUGGAGUUUGUACGUUCUCCCCGUGACCUGCAUGGGUUUUCUCCGAGAUAUUCGGUUUCCUCCCACACUCCAAAGACGUACAGGUUUGUAAGUUAAUUGGCUUGGUAAAUGUAACAAUUGUCCCUUGUGGGUGUAGGAUAGUGUUAAUGUGCGGGGAUCGCUGGUCGGCGCGGACCCGGUAGGCCGAAGGGCCUGUUUCCGCACUGUAUCUUUAAACUAAACUAAACUAAAUUAGUAAAUGAUAUAUAAUUAUAAGUUUGUUACUGCCUGCCUUAAAUGAAUAAAUGGAAUUCUAUAGAGUAAUAUGAUGCAUUUAUUCUCAAGAGAUAGUUUUCGGCUUUAGGAUAAGUAUAUGAAGAAUAGUAUUGAAACUAGGUUGUUUUUAUUUGUAUUUCAUGUACUUAUUUUAUUAUGCAUUUAGAAUUAUCUCCUAAAAUCUACCCCCAGUUUUCCAUUCCUUUCAAAUUUACAACUAAUUGAAAAAUGCAUUAACAAGAUUAUAAUGAAGUUAUAUUUGCAAAAUUAAGCUACAUGCCUAGAUAAUAUAUCACUUCAGUUGGUGUGGAUCAAUCUAUCAAAAAAGCAUGAGCAUUUACUUUAUUUGUAAGCUCCCUGUUUUGUUGAAAAUUGAUGUUCACUAAGAGUUGAUACUGUAGCUUCCCAUAGUGAAUGUUCCACGACAAUCAUUACAUGCGUGUAAAAUGAACUGAGAGAUUGCAUGUACACUUCAUUAAGUAUAUACUAUAUGUCAAAAAAUGUUUUUGAGUUCAGUUUUAAUCCGUGUCUUAUAUCAUCCAUGUAGAAAAGAUCACACAAGACCAUAGGUAAAAGCACAUAUGUGGCAGUUCUUUCUCUCUUUAUUAAAGGUUCAAAAUGCCUUCCCCCCACAUCACACAUCACACAGUUGUACUGCUUCCUAAAUAAUCAUAACUUUUUUUUACCAACAAGAUUCCAUUUGGAUUUCCUUUCCAUGCAUUAAGCACUUUUAUUUUAUGGGGAAUAACCUCCUAGUAAUGUUACUCAGUGUUCUUUUAAUUUGUUUUAACUAGGUUCUCUUGUCAUUUCAUCUUGAUUUUGUCUGAAGAUCUAGACAUAUUUUUUGCAUGUCUAAUACUGUCUUUUAUAAGAUCGCCUUUAAGUACGUUUUAAAGGCUAAAUAGAUACACUUUCCCUUUUUACACAACGGAUCAGCCUCGCCAGUAAUGUAUUUGAAUUACUCAUUGACAUUUUAAGCUGGGAGGCAAAGUAUUCAAUAUGACAAUAAAACCAAAAAAAACUGCAGAUGCUGAAAAUCUAAAAUAAAAUUUGAAAAUGCUGUGAACACAGAAAAAGCAGCAUCUUUAUUCAGCGUGUUGGUCUUUGUGUGAACAUUGUUCAUUUCAUCAUGGCUCUCUGAGUUCUACCCUUCCACAUUGAUUAUUCAGUUAAGCAUGCUAAUUGCAUUGCUUACGUUUACAACUGCAACCUCCCUUUUAGUUUCAUUUUCAUAUCAUUUGUAGAAUAAUUCAUUUUCUGCUGAGCAAUAUUUACAUUGGUCCACAUAUUUAUUUUACCCAGCUCAAUUUAUGGCCACUAAAUUACCAGUGUAGAUUAGAUUGAUACUUUCCUGGUCAGCAUCAGUUGUAAAUCAGUUUUUAGAUUUAUCUGUUGAUAUAAAUUAGAGUUGGAUAGGUAUUCCAACAACAGGUCACCAAUAAUAUCUUCCUAAAUACCUCCUCUCCUUUUGCCCUCCCGAAACCAUUACAAUGUAAUUUCAGGUACACAAAGGGCACCUAACUUCCAAACUAUUAAUCUGCCAGUAAUAUCUUCUAUUCAAUGUGUGUAAUGUACUUGUAUUAUUGACGGUAGCAACGUGCAUGUAAUUGCAACUCUCUUUUUACAAAGUGGCUUUUAAUAUUUAAGAAACAAUAAUGUAAAUUGCAAGGUAAUUGUAGGAAAUUAUACAAAAGUACGCAAUUUACAAGUGCUAUAAGUGAACCAUACUUAAACAUGUGUAUAAAAAUGCUAGUGUACAAAUUAUAUGCUCUAGCUUUUAAAAUAAAGUUAUGCUAUUAUAGGA